ACCUGAUCCAUGUCGGGUUUGGGCUAUUCUCGUCUCGUGGGAAGUUUCGGUUCUUCAGCGCAAGUGUCUCGUCUAGCCUCGCCUCCUCUUUGCAUGCGCUUUGUUUGGGCGGCGCACUUCAUGAAAGCAGACAUCGUGAAGUCCACCAUUUUCCUGACGAUUCUUGUUUCCACGUAUUUAUAAAAGCGAGCAUUUUUUUUGCUGAGCACUAAUGUCGGUGGGACUGGAGUCUGGGUUUUCUAGCGAGGAGGUGUUGAAUGCCCGCUUCCCUCUUCACCGCGCGUGCAGAGAUGGAGACGUGGACGCGCUGUGCUCGCUCCUUCAGUGCAGCGCAGAUCAGCUGGCCGUGGAGGACUCUUUCUACGGGUGGACUCCUCUACACUGGGCUGCACACUUCGGCAAGCUGGAGUGUGUCAUGCGUCUGGUGCAGGUGGGAUGUGGUGUGAACUCUGUGACCUCUCGGUUUGCCCAGACUCCUGCUCAUAUUGCUGCCUUCGGGGGUCAUCCUCAGUGCUUGCUCUGGCUGCUGCAGGCCGGAGCUGAUAUAAACAGACAGGACUAUGUUGGAGAACCCCCCCUCCACAAAGCGGCCCGUGCCGGCAGCAUUGACUGCAUUAACACGCUCCUGGUCCAGGGAGCCAAGGCAGACAUGAGGAACUCUAGUGGACUGACCGCCGCUGACCUAGCUCUCACCCAGGGCUUUGAAGAGUGUGCCCAACUGCUUUCCAAUGCCCAGAACCAGCAGCUCAAUCAGCUUAAUGUGUUCUCAAACAAUGGCUUUGUGUGUUUUGGGGACCGCAAGCUUAUCCAAGAGCGGAGCAUCCUUAAUGGGGUUCCCAGCCGAAAGAGGUCUCUGGAUUGCAUGGAGUCUAAUCUAAUUAAAAAGGCCAGAAAAGAUGAUCUCGGCUAUCAGCCGAUGAAUGGAGUAAACGGAUCCAGCGGAGAAGACCAGAUGGAGAACAUGCACAUGGAGUUUGGACAAGCACUGAGUACCCCAGCAGGACUCCCAUUAAACGGACAUUGCUUUCCUGUGCAGCACCUCAGUGCGGGUGACCUGAUGCACGAUGAUCAUAUUGGGAAUGUGGGUGUCUCCGAGCAUCUUGGUUACUUUGACAGUGGUCUUCAUUUGGGGCAUAUAAAUGGCUUUGGAGAUAUGUCUGAGAACAUGGAGGACGCCAGCAGUCAGAUUGAGCACCGCAAGUCAGUCAGUGUAGAGGAGCAGUAUGACCACAUCACCUUCAACACCAUGCACCUCUACCAUGGGUGUUAGGACGUCCCAUCCAGACUCGUAUGCCUUAAUAUAUCCAUAUAGAAUGUGCUGAAUUGCUUUAAGUGCAUAUCAUUUGAAAGCAACACUGUAUUUGUAUUUGUGUGGAUAAAAAAAAAUUGCAAUUUCCAAUUUUGGGUUAUUUCAUUUAGUUGGAGAAUCCCAGAGGCUGGACAUUUUUAUGCAUUAUUUGUAAGGACAUUUACUGUAUUAAUUGUGCCUACACAUAUAACUGUUUAUUGACUAUUUCUUAUACAUAGUAGUUAGAGAUGUGUGUGAAUAAACUGGCUGAUGAAUUUACGGAA